AGCUCAUGGCGACCGCUACAUCUUUACUAGGAAUCCUAGUCAGCUCUGCGGUGGUGGUAGUAUACUUAGACACAAAAUUCGAUAUCAAAACUCGGUUAUGAAACCAGAGUUGGCACCAUUACAAUGUCACUAACAUGUCGUUUACUAACUAAUCUUGCAGGUAAUGUGAGUGUCACGAGUCUGUUCUUUCGAGACCUUCACAACCUCCUACCAACAAACUCUACCAAUGGCACCGUUCCAAGGCCAUUUGUCAUUUCAAGUGAGAUCUACGGCCCGCUUGUAGAGCCGUCUGCUCCACUUCUGUUUGAGGACACUCCAAUCACCAUCACUUUCACAAUAGAAUUGAAUGAUGAAAAUGAAGUGCCCAAGUGUGUCUUCUGGGACUUUUCUAAAGGUGUUGAGGGGAGUGGUUGGUCGUCAGAGGGACUGAGGACAGAGAGUGUGACUAAAGAUGGAGACAAUGUCACUGUCACCUGCUCCAGUAACCAUCUCACCAGCUUUGCCGUCCUCGUUGAUGUGGGAGGAGCCAAGAUUGUCGACAAGUCCCUGCAGAUUGUUUCCUACAUUGGAAUCUCAGUAUCCAUCGCCUGCCUCUUCCUUACCAUUGUCUUCUUUGCCAGCAUUGGCAAGAAGCUGUUUUCGACAGUGCACAACUUUAUCCACCUUAAUCUCUCCAUUUCUCUAUUUGUGGCUUAUGUCAUAUUUGCUGUGGGCAUCGAGGUAGCAACCAGCAAUCAGUCAGCCUGCAGGGCUGUAGCAGCUCUGAUCCAGUAUUUUCUGCUGUCAGCCUUCUGCUGGAUGAUGUGUGAGGGGAUCAUGCUCUACCUAAUGUUGGUGGUGGUGUUCAGCCGUGUUAGUGAAAAGUGGUGGUUCUUCCUCCUGCUGGGCUGGGGGCUGCCACUGAUCUUUGUUGUAAUUGGAGUGUCAUCAGUGUUGGAUGAGUAUGGAGUUAGGGAUGACGAUGGCCAACUAAUUUACUGCUGGCUGUCCUCUGGGGACGGGAAACAUGCCAUCUGGACUUUUGUUGCACCAAUGCUGGGAAUCAUCACCGUUAACUCUGUGUUCCUGGUGUUGGUUCUGCGCAGUAUCUACAUCAGCAAGUCCAGCCAGGACUCACGCAGCAAAAAGGGCCAGAAAAACCACUCCCUUGCGAGGUAUCUUGUGAAGGCAUCCUUGAUCCUGCUUCCACUACUUGGACUGACGUGGGUGUUUGGACUGUUUGCUGUCAAUGAGAACACUGUAGUCUUUGCCUGGCUCUUCACCAUCUUCAACUCUCUCCAGGGAGUGUCCAUCUUUGCUUUUCAUGUUCUCCGAAAUGACAGGGUAUGGGGAAAGUUUAGAAAGUCAAUGACGGAUCCCGAUGGCUUCUUGCGAUCCUUCAGCACAAGAAUGACCACCAGAUCAAGUAUGUUUGUUGGCAGCAUGAGAUUCUCCAGACAGAGUGAGAUGGAGAUGCGAUCUCAUAGUGGUCCAACCAGUACUACCUCUGGUCCAGCCUCGCACCUUGCCAUUGUCCCAUCUGAAGAUUUGUUUGAGCCACGAGAGGACAGUCUGAGCUGUGGUUCCAGUGGUGAACCAACUGUGGACUACACCAAUGGUGACACCGAACCAAAUGAUGGUACACCAACUGGUUCAAAUGGUUGUGACCAGAAUGGUACGGCUCCGAACGAGAAUAUCGACGUCCCUCAUGACGCCAAACUUUCCAGCGACCCAGACGGCAGUUGCAAAGGUUCAAAUGAUUCAGAGUUCUCAUACCAACAGCUUUGUGAUGACAUUACCACUGCCGUCAAUUGUGCUAUCCGUAAAUUGUCACGCAGCACAUAG